AAAGAUCAUUCGGUACCAGAUUCGAAUUCUGCCUUGUUUGCAAACUAUUAAAGUGUCCUGUUGGUGUGUAAGUGGAAGCAUAAGCGAGUUUUUAAAUAAGGGACUACACUACCCAGAACGCAUUGCAGCGGCGUUUUAGUGUGUGACGCACUUUCCGCGUGGCUACGUGGCCUAAAAAGAGCAAAAAUGGAGCUGGAGGCUAUGACCAGAUAUACAAGUCCAGUCAACCCUGCUGUCUUCCCACAUUUGACAGUAGUUCUUCUUGCAAUUGGGAUGUUCUUUACUGCAUGGUUCUUCGUCUAUGAGGUGACAUCUACCAAAUACACAAGGGAUAUCUACAAAGAAUUGCUGAUUUCCUUAGUGGCAUCUCUUUUCAUGGGAUUUGGAGUACUUUUCCUCCUCCUAUGGGUCGGGAUUUAUGUAUGAUGGCAGCUGGGAGUGCGUGGGGAAGAAAAGAGGGACCAUUCCAGCAGGAGCUCCCGUUUCCACGGUGACUUCACUAUAGUCUCAUAUCACUGGCUUUCACAGAAGCAGUUUUUCAAGAGCCACUGAGUAGCACCUGGAUUUUGUACAGAAUAUGUUCUUAUAAAAACAAAAGAGAAAAACUUUA